GUAUAGUUUCGACGGACAAUAACAUGAUAUUUAUAGUUAAAAAUUGUUUUAAAUUAUAAAUUAUUAAAUAACACAUUCAAAUUAUUAAUCAAUUGUUAAAAAUUACAAAAUAGUUGAAUAUGAAAAUGAAGAAAUAUAUUAGUAAAAUUGCCACAGUUUUGGGGUACACUAUUCAAUACGGUUGUAUAACACAUUGCAUUUGUGAAUAUGUCGGAGAUUUUGUUAUUUGCAGCGGACCUUCAAUGGAACCAACAUUAUUAUCAAACAAUAUAUUGUUCACUGAACACAUUAGUCCGAAAAUGAAUUUGUUGAAAAAGGGGGACAUUGUUAUUGCAAAAUCUCCAUCAAACCCUAAGCAAUACAUUUGCAAAAGAAUAAUUGGGUUGCCUGGUGAUGUCAUUUAUCAUCCUGCAUACGUAGGAUCUGAAAAUAAUGAAAUUAUACCUCGUGGUCACGUUUGGUUAGAAGGAGAUAACUAUAAAAACUCUUCAGAUUCAAGAAAAUAUGGACCUGUUCCUUUAGGAUUAAUUAGAAGCCGUGCUGUUUUUCGAAUAUGGCCAUUUCAGGACAUCAAAUAUUUAAAACCUUAAUUUGUUGAUAGUCUAUCUUUUAAUAGAAAGUUUAUGAUUAAGUGACAUUGUUUAAAGCAAAUAGAUGAUAUUUAUAUGAUUUUGUAGUAUGUCAUCAUUGAAUAUCUUAUUUCUAAAUUGCACAGACUGGCAAACUUGUCUAUUGAACACAAUUGCCAUUAAUGAAUAAAUAUUGUUAUAUCUAUAUAAUGAAAUAUUUUUAGUAAAUAGUU